AUGGUCGGCCCAGUUUCUUACAAUUCACUUAAAGAUGCGUUUAAACCUUUGCAGGCGGGACCCAUUGAAACUGAUGAUAUUGAUGAUCCAAAAGCGGACAGCAUUGAAGGAGCACGAAAAAAGGCGGAAUGGGCAAAACUGGUGGAACAGGGCGAAGAAAAGCGACGAGAUACACGGCGGAAGGUUGCUGAACUUCGCAUGAAGUUCAAACGUCUGAAGGAACAGAACGAAAAGCUUCCUGAGCACAUGCGCAUCGAUCUAAGGGAGUACGAGAUUCUACCAAGAAUACGAGACCACCUCAUGAAGGAACGUGCGGCCAAACUGGACCUCCUCUACAAGGAGACGGCCUUUGAGUCGAGGCGAUAUGAGCUUGCUCUAAGGAAGAUUAUAACUCGCUAUCGGGAUCAACUGGCCUGUGAGUUGCUAGUUCUCAAAUCCUUUGGCACAGAACAUACCAUAUCAACUAUGCGUGCCAACACGCUGCCAUCUUACCACAACCUGCUCCUGAGCUGCCUUCGAAAGGAGGCAGAGGAGGAGGCAAGAAGGGAAGCGGAAAAAAAGAGACGCGCCGCUGAGGAAGGCGAGUUCCCCACCAGCAAACGUUUAGUGUGCAUACUUUCACUAUGUCUUUACGGCCUUUAG